UUCCCAUGCUCCUGCCUGGGGCUGACCCCCUACUUAACCUGUAACCCAUUACUGGGCAAGAGAAUAUCUGCAGCUACAAGCUCUGAGGACACAGGCAGAAUGGUUUCUAUGAACAUCAAGGAUUCCAGUGAAGUGUCAGGGAGUCUCCAGGCUGCAUUUCAAGUGUCUAACUCUCUCCCUUUCUCACUUCAUGGUCAUCCUCAUUCUCCUUCUAGCCACAUGUCCAGUCAGAGAAGAUAG